GCCAGUCGUCGUUCUCCCUCUUCCUCCCCGGUCCUUUGCUGCUCCCAUGGAGGUCCUUAUCGCAUUUGCUCUUCUUCUCGGCUUCUUUCAGCUCUCAUCGAUAUCGUCCCCCCUCGUCCAACCUCCACUCAAUCAAGCAUCUUCACCAAUACCAUCGCCCCACCGGCCGAGAGCCUUCCUCCACCAGAGCGGCAGGAGGGCCCUGGUGUCCCUUCAGUCGCUGCUGACCAGGACAGGCAGCGCACUGCAAUCAGAAAGGAGAGCAGCUGCGCAGCCCACAACAGCUGACUCACAAGACACUGCAGACAAUGCUCUGCAGGCUCAAGACGUCACGGCUUACGGCCCCAUUCGUCGCAGCUACACGAAACCGGCUCACGACCGCAAGUGCAUCUGCUCUCUCCCGUUCGGGGCGCGGUUUCAUUGUCUGGGCGCUGAGGCGUGCUUCCUCAUAGCUUUUGGACUCGCUCUGUGCACCAUCUUUGUGUAAGUUAGGAUGGGAGAAGCACGAUGGAUGACUCACUCGAGUGACCGAUCGGUAUCUAUCGGGUGUCUCUCCCUGCGUUCGUCGUGCGUGUCUCUCGUGUGUGUCUGUGGUAUAUGGCUGCAGGCUUCUUUUGGGUGCGGUAUGCAUCCACAAUUACCACGAGAAGACUGUGAACGCACUGCUGGUGCCGCAGCAGGACAGCCCUCGGGACUAUGUCUAUGGGGCGGGGCGGUGAGUGGUUGAUCAAUUGGCUGGCUGUUGGCCUGGCUUCCUUGCUCUAGCUAGGCCGCGAUCAAGGAGGACAUGAGCGCAUGAGCGCCCUGCAUCGCAUGGAUGCAUCCGUACUUGCAUAAAUAGGACAUACAGCAUAGCAUUGAUCGACUGACUGACUCAUUCAUUGUCAGUCAAUGGCCUGCAG